UUUAAUAUAUUUACAUUUUUACCAUAUUUUAGUGCCGAUUUUGGCGUUUUUUUUUAAAUUGAAUAACAGUUUGGCUGAAUUAAUUGUAUUGUGAUCAUGGAAGGACUGAAUCAUACUGGACAGGAGGAAUACAUUUGGGCCAUGCGUGCAAGCCUAUAUCGAGAAUCUGAUGUGGAACUCUGGAAAGACCGAAAACGUCAUGAUAAUUCACGUUCAGCAGUAAACGUAGCAUCGCGAACCAAAAGUUUAUUGGAGACAACAACUUACCAGACGAAAAUUAUGGCAUCACUGGUCCCAGAUGAAGUUAUUCAUAACGUAGAGGACUAUAGUCAUAGACAAUAUGAAGCUUGUUUCCUCUUCGGUGACGUUUCUGGAUUUACCGAGUUAUGCGAAAAAUACACCAAGACUGGAGUUUCUGGUCCUUCGAGAAUGACGCAAGUACUGAACAAGUAUUUGGGUGCUAUGGUACAAGAAGUGUUGUCUUAUAACGGAGACAUUUUGAAAUUUUCGGGAGACGCAUUUUUGGCCGUGUUUAAAUCAUCAGAGGAUACUACCAUGCGUGAUUCUGUUCAUGAAGCUUUAGACUGUGCUUUAGUUAUCCAGAAAAGCUAUGGAUCGUACUUAACGGAUGUUAAUGUUGUAAUUCGAGUGAAACUAGCGAUCUCUGCUGGUCUGGUAACCUUCGCGUUGAUCGGAGAACCAAGCACGUGCCACUACGUGGUAGUAGGGAAGCCCAUAUGGGACGUUAAAGCUGCUGAACACAUCAGCAGCGCCGGCGACAUAAUAGUAGCCCCAGCUGCCUGGCACUACGUUAAUCCUGGCGAAUAUAUCCACAAAGAAAUGCCAGACCGUGUUCAUAUGAAGAUUGUGGGCAUAGGUCCGAACUGGCGCAGCGUCCAAAAGAACGUCCGUCAGCAAAAAACAAAAGAACAGAUGGCAGAGGAUGUAUUCAGUCUGGAACUGUCAAGUGAAAGCCUGGAUCAAAUCGAGGAGAAACGGGUUCUAGGAGCCAUGGCUGGGGAAGAAUUUUCUCUGAGACCAGCUGUGAAUUUAGCCGUGAGGCUAAAGAUUAGAGAGCUCUUGAGAGGCUUCAUCAUAGCACCAGUUAUGAAGAGCAUAGAUAUGAACGAACCGUUGGAGUACUUGAGCGAAAUGCGACAAGCCGUUAUUGUUUUCAUCAACGUGGUGUCGCAUAAAAUUAACACUACCGACACGGUUAUUCUGGCGGACCGGGCCUACAAAACAGUAUGCAGAGUUGUCCAUCAAAUGAACGGCUGUGUCAAUAAAGUUUCCUUGUUCGACAAAGAUUUAAUGUUCGUGGUAAUUUUUGGUUUAAGAGGUUUAAAGAACGAACUGGAGUGUCAAGUAGCCUUGCGAUGUGCACGAGAAUGCCAUCAAGCCAUCAGUGAAUUUGAAAACGUUGCUUCAACGUCCGUUGGAGUCACUACCGGUAAAACUUAUUGCGGGGUUUUUGGGCACACCCUCCGAAGAGAGUAUACCGUAAUUAGCCUUAUAGUAAACAAAGCAGCUCGAUUAAUGGUGGCUUACAGCGGCAAAGUCACCUGCGACAGAGAGACUUUCCUCCACAGUAAACUAGAAGCGAAACAUUUCGUCUUACAAGAACCGAAACCGUUAAAAGGGAUCUCUCAUCCGGGCCCUGUUUACGAAUUUAGAGAACUCGAAGAAGACCACGGUGUACUUCACAGAGUCAACCCACGUCCACUGCUUGGAAGGGCAGAAAAUUUAAAAAUUUACAAACAAUUGUUGGAGAGGUUUCAGUCCACCACAACGGUAGACGAGCAGCAGUACAAAAUGCUGCUGAUUAGAGGUGAAGCGCGUCAGGGUAAAACGCGACUUCUGGACGAACUCGUCUACAUUACGCCAGAAGAAAUCUUAAUCAGUCGAUUUACAUUAACGCCAAAGGAUCGCAAGGUCCCCUUUCAAACCGUAAGGUUGAUCUUUAAUCAACCUAUGGCGACCACUGUGGACUCUACAAUUAAGAUAAAACAAGCUAAAAUUUUAGAAAAGUUGAGCAACAUUAAAAAUCCUGACUUACUGUGUGUGUUGAACCAAGUGUUUGGUGUCAACUUUCCAAAUUCGCAGCUGUUUAUGCAGCUGUCGGAGCAGGAAAAGCUGACGGCCCGGAGAACGGUUAUCAACUGGUUGUGUCUCGAGUGUUUUCCCACACUGUGGGUCGUUGCUAUCGACAACUGUGACUACAUAGAUGAAGAAUCGUGGCACAUUUUUGACAUUUUUUUUGAAAUACGGACCCUUUUUAUUGUUGCGACAGCCAGUCGCGAUAAGCUUGCACAUGCUGAAAUUUGCGAAAAAGUGUUAAGUGACGAUCCUCGAAUUAAGACGAUCUACCUCAAACCGGUCGAAAAAUGGUACUUGGGAGCCCUCGCUUGUCAAAUUUUGGACGUUUAUGCGAUUUCUCCAGAACUAGAAAAUGCUAUUCAAGUUAAAAGUAAUGGAAAUCCUGGAUGGAUAGAAAGCUUCUUAAUCAGUCUGAUUCAGGACGAAGGAUUGUACAUCCUUCAAGCUCAUAUGAGUUAUAUUACUGAUCUUGGACUGGUGGCGCCUCCGCUUUAUUUAAUGGCUAGGUUAACCGAAGAGGAGGCCUUUAAAUGGCAACAUAUAAUGGAAGAAAGGAAACGUCCGGGAGAGUCUGAAAUCGAUCAAAGUUGGCAGAAAUACAUUGAUUGUUGCCGAGACAGUUACAUGAAUGUGUCAAUAAGAGAGCUCCUGGAGCACAUUUCGUUAGGUGGUAGAAUACCCAUCUGUGUAAUCUCCCCCAAUUUCCACGUAGGAGACGAAGAAGCCGAACUUUCUAUGGACGCCAUGAUUUUGAAAACAUUCGACUCUUUAAAUUUCUUCGAACAGUUGCUGGUUAAAUGCAGCGCUAUACUGGGACUUCAGUUCCUCAGAGACAUGUUGCUAUACGUUAUGAACGCAACUGACAAACGAAAAACUGCUUUAGCUGUACAAAAAUUGUUUGAAAUUCGAGUACUGACCUGCGCGAAGGGUGAUUUUCUGGAAGGAACUGGAACUCUUUUCAAAGAGAAGCUUAUUCAUCCUAAUGAAGAAGCAGGGUUACAAUGUAGAUGCAGAGGUGUUAAAAUUGAUGAGACUUGCUACGAUCUUCCUAAAUACGCGUCCUGUGGACUUUUGCAGUUUAGAUUCCCCCAGUUUCGCGAAAUUACUUACAACUUGUUGACGGAUAACCAAAAGAAAGAGUUUCAUCACAGGGCUAUACGGUACCUGGAAAAGGAAACAAGGAAAUGUAAAGCUUGCGGAGGUGGUUUUUUCGAGAGGAUUUUGGGAGGAGACAGAAUCGACAAGGACAUGGCCCUAACAAAGAAAAAAGUGAAACGAGAUGAGGGUUCCUUCGACACGGCUAGUCUUACUGUUAGUCGCACUGAUUCUCAAUAUAGCGGUACUUCAACAACGUACUCACUUGGAAGCGCAACAAAAAGCAGGAGAAGGGUUGCAGAAGACGGAAAAUCUGUUGCUUCUUUUGCCAGUGUUAAUAUCGUUCACGAGAAAAAAAAAAAACGCGAGGCUACUUUUGGAUUUGUAAUGAUAAAAAAACUGAAAGACAGCUACUCUUUAACGAAGACGUUUUCUUCAGAAGAUUUUACUGAUUGUCAGUGUUUGUUGAUUUUGAGCACUACUUAUUCACAGUUGAUUGAACACUGCAUUGGUGCAGGUGAUAUAAAUAAAGUGAUUAACGCGAUGUUAGAAUACUCCUAUAUCAGUAUUACUUUGUGUAAUCUCCCUCUGGCUCUACAAAUCUUAGAAGAAGCAAAACAUAUUGUAAACAAAAAAGCUAAAGAGACGGUUGAGCAUUCCUGGAAAUACUCAUUAAUUCGUGGCAAAAUAUACACCCUCAUAGGCUAUGCACGUUUAGAGUUGGCCCAGUAUCAAACAGCUUUUAUUAACCUUCAUAAAUCUUUGGAAGAGUAUGGAGUAAAUUUCCCAACAUCAAGAAUCACCAGACACAUAAAGACACGCUUGUUUGAAUUCAAACAGCUAUUUGGUUUCUAUUUAUUGCCCAAUUCUCUGACGAAACGUUUAGAUCACUGGGAAACCAUUUUUGCUGGUAACCUUGCCGAAUCUCUAAGUCAUCUAUGCAACUUAUAUUUGAUAAAAAACCAAUGGAAGAACGCAGAACUGGCGGCUACUUGGUGUCUGUCAAAAUCUUUAGAAGCUUAUAGUAGCUUCCAGCUGAUGACUACAGCUUAUGCUAACAUGCUGCACAUCGCUCAACACUUACGUAGGUGGAAUAUAUGCAUUGCGUUAGAAAUACACGCUUUGAGGUUGUGCCGCACCAAGAAAUCGACCGUUGAUGCUGAAGAUCUUAAAUCUGUAGCUAAACUUUACAGUGCAAUAUUCUUUUCAAGAAUGUUGCGCUCGUCUCUAGAUAAAGCCAUUCAUAUGGGCUAUACGGUUCUUAGGAUUUGCACUUCAGUUCGAGCGGUGAAGAUAAUUCUUCCCGUGCUACCUCUUUUCCUACACGCUCUUUUAAUAGGCAGCCAUUUCAGUAACGCACUUUCAAUGAUGCAAGAACUUGAAUAUUUUGCCAACGAGGACAGUGACAGCACGGGAAAAGUUUGGUACCUCGCUUUGUGUGUUGGUAUACAGCUUGAGACGGGAUACUCAGUUAUUCCUUACCACAUCUGCGAAACAUAUUAUCAAAUGGAGGGCGACCGCUGGAUAACGAUAAGAGAUCCCGACGCAAGGAGAAGAUUUUACACGGUGAUGUGGCUCUGGUGCGUCCGAAAUGAAAAGUGGGAACAAGCUGCAACGUGGUGUUUGAAAACCCAGGACUUCAGGAUUAUUACCGAAAACGAUUCAUUGGCUAACAAAGUGACGGCUCUUUAUCUACUGGAAGGGAUGAUUAUAUUUCUGGUGGCAAAGUUAGAUAAACGAAACAUUAAAGCAGUUAUUAGAGCAGAGACCGACAUUGAAAUUUUAAUCAAAGAACUCCAAAAAGCAUCGAAGACGGCGAAAUUCAUUCUACCAAGGCUUUAUCAUUUAAAAGCAUAUUACAAGUUUGUUAAAUAUUUUCACCUCAGGGUAAGCUCUUUGUUGAAAAGACCACACAAACUUGCAACUAAAUAUGGACAUCAGUUGGAAGUAUCUUGGUUGGAACAUUCGGGGAAAGCAUGGCAGCGAACCCUACCACCAUUAACCGUCCAAAUGUGGAGAGAUCAUUCUGAAGCUGGAAAUCUGCUUGAAUUUCAAGAGAUUGAAACUGAGCAAAAAUUAGUUUUUUUUACUCUUCCUGUUCCGAUAUACAUUUAG